ACUGGAAAAGAUCGGACACAUUGUUACAAAGAUGGGUUAGAGAGACCAUUAAUGAAGAUGUUCUUCCAAAUGUGGUGUGCCUGAAAAGUGCCAAAGAUAUGUGGUCAAAGUUAAUUACCCUCCAUGAAACAAAAAUAGAGUACCCAUACCCAGCAGAGAUCAACGUGGGGACUUUAUUCCUAUCAAGCUGUCUAAAGAUAACUAUUUUAGGUGGAAAACGUUGAUGCUUGGUCUUAUUGAGACUCAAGGCUUGCUUGCUUUCAUUAAUGGUGAGGUCUCAGCACCACCUGAAAGGAUCAUAGUACCAGAAGACGGUGAAAAUGUCGUAGUACCAGAUAAUGUUGUUACUUAUGCUAAUGCUGACGGUGAUAGCUGCAUUAUCUACACGAAGAUGAUAGAUAACCAGCAUUACCAGGAUUGGAAAAGAUCCGACCAGCUGUUGCUAACAUGGAUCAAGGAGACAAUCAAUGAAGAUGUUCUUCGAAGUGUGGAGUGCUGCAAAACUGCUAAAGAUAUGUGGUCAAACAUAAUUAUCCUGCGUGAAAGAAAAAUAGACUGUCCACACGGGGCAGUAGGUGUCAAGGUGACCGACUUUGUUCCGAUGAAGCUGUCUAGUAGUGAUAACUAUUGUACUUGGAAAACGUGGAUGCUUCGUUUUAUUGAGAAUCAAGGCAUGCUUGGUUUCAUCAAUGGUGAAGUUUCAAAACCAACAUUUUCUGACCAAAACAACAGCAGCAACAACAACGAUGAAUGGAGAAAAUCAGACGAGCAGUUGCAAAGAUGGAUGAAGGAAACGAUGAGCGAAGAUAUCUGCCAAGAGUUGGUACGGCUUGAAACGUCAAAAGAUAUAUGGGAAACAUUAAUCACACUUCAUGAAACUAAUGUGGUGUACCCAUACCCAGUAGAGGUCAACAUGCCUGACUCUGUUCCCUUGAAGCUUUCCAGAAGCAACUAUGUUGUGUGGAGAAGACAGAUGCUUGGUCUUUUUAGGAAUGAAGGCUUGCUUGGUUUCAUUUUGCCACAAAAAAAGAUCAUCCCGAGAGCAGUUCCCUUGGCAUGGAAAAGAACAGAUGCGUUGUUGAAAAGCUGGGUUAUAAAGACUAUCAAUGAAAACUUGGUUGCAUAUGUGGUGGACUUGGAAACUGCCAGGGAUAUGUGGACUAAGUUAGAAGCAGAAUUCACUUAUGGAAAAGGUUCCUCUACUGAAACUAUAUUUGAGUACCCAUACCCAGAAGAGGCUAACGUGGGGGACUUUGUUCCCAUCAAGCUCUCAACAGAAACCUCUUCUCUGUGGGAAGAUUUGAUGUUUAGUCUUAUUGAGAGACAUGGAUUGGUUGGUUUCAUCAAUGGCAAGAUUCCCGCACCACCGAAAGGGAUCAGAAUAGCAGAUGAGUCUAAUAGCCAAAAUAUGGUUUAUAAGAACCCAGAUUACAUGGCAUGGAAAAGAACAGACCAGCUGUUACAGAGCUGGAUUGUGGGGACCAUCAAUCAAGAUCUUCUUCCAUGUUUGGUGAACUUGGAAACUGCCCAAGAGAUAUGGACAAAGUUAUAUAAACUCUUCGAUUUCGGUUUUCAUAUAUAUGAAAGUACUGAAACCGAUGAGGAAACAGAAGAAGAUCCAAUUAGUAAAUAUGUGUCGCUGCACUGACAGGUGAUUGGGAGACAGGCAACGAAUUUAUUAAAAAAAACCCAGGUGCAGAGAGAGCCUUUGUCACAAUAGUAAAUGAAACAGCACUGAUGAUAGCAGUUAGAUCAUCAUCUGCGCGGGGAAAUCAUUUUGUGAAGAAGCUCUUGGAGUCUAUGUCAUUAGAGGAUGUGGCCCUACGUGAUAGUAUUCGUGGCAGAACAGCUCUACAAUAUGCUGCAAUAGCUGGCAAUACUGGGGCAGCCAAGUUGUUAGUGGACAAGAACCCAUUCCUUCCCAAUUGUUGUAAUGAUGAAGACUUCACACCUCUCCUCGGUGCGGCAGCAUACGGCCGAAGGAAGAUGGUUGAUUACUUGUUGGACGUCACCAAAGAUGAUAUUCAUCCUAAACCAUUUGAGUUCAAAAUGCUAUUCAUUUGAAAGAAAUCAGCAGCAUGACUACUUAAUUCAUAAUUUACUAAAUUAAAUACAGGGUUGUAAAUUAAAUCUGAUACUUUGUGGUCUAUUAGGUGAGCAAUAUUGUAAAUUAUUAUUAAUUAUAAAAAUAGUUUUCAUACACGGAAAAAACAAGAAAACAAAAAUGAUACAAAAAAAAUAUUAAAACAAAACAACUUCUUAAUUACUCAUUAAACCUUAAUUUAUCAUAUUUAUGUCACAGAUAUUGCUCAAGAAAACAAAAAUGAUAUAAAAAAAAUAUUAAAACAAAACAACGUCUUACUCAUUAAAACUUAAUUUAUCAUAUUUAUAUCACAGAUAUUGCUCUAUUAUUGAUUCAGCGCUACCCCAAACUGGCAUGGGAGCAACAUCAUCCGGCACUGGAAGUAAUUGCUCUGAGUGGUUCUUCUGCAUUUAAAAGUGGAGCACAGCUAAAUUGGUGGCAAAACUUUAUCUACUCUUAUGUUCCCACAAAGUUAGAAGCUCCACAUAACUGUUACAGAGGAGACAUCGAGAAUCCUACCAAUAUCAGCUUCCUCUCAGUGAAGCGAAAACUGCAUUAUAUAACAUGGAAAGUCAUUUUAAUAUUUGUCCCACAGAUGAAAUGCAUUCAAGAUAUAAAAUUGAAACACGAGCAAGCACUUCAGCUUGUCAAACAUCUUUGCUGUAAAAGUUUGGAGUUGAAAUCCUCAAAAGUUAAAGAGAUAAUUCAAAAUUCUUUAAUGCGUGCAGCAAAUUCCGGGAUUACUGAAGUUAUUGAAGAAAUUAUUGAAGUGGUUCCGGGAUCAGUUUAUCAUACAAAUGAGAUGGGACAAAAUAUAUUCCAUGUUACAAUUUUGAACCGUUGUGAAGAUGUAUUCAACCUCAUUUAUCAAUUUCGUGAGGAGGUAAGACACCUUAUAUUGACAGAUGAAGACUCAAAUGAUAAAAGUUGUUUAGAUCUGGUUGUAGAUUUGAAGAAAGUGCAAAAACUCAAUUUUAGAGCAAGUGCGGCUGGUGCAGCUCUACAGAUGCAGCGUGAAUUGCAAUGGUUCAAGGAAGUAGAAAAACAUGCAAUUGAUUAUUACAAAGAAUUCCGUAAAAAGGAAACAACUACGUCAGGACCGGUAUAUACUGAGGCACAUUAGGAGUUAGUCAAAGAAGGAGAGAAAUGGAUGAAAGACACAGCCACCUCUUGUACAAUUAUAGCAGCUCUUGUAACUACUGUAGUGUUUGCCGCUGCUAUUACAGUACCGGGUGGAAAUGAUCGCAACAAAGGCUUUCCAAUUCUCUUUGAGGAUAGAGGCUUCAUAACCUUUGUUAUAUCAGAUGCACUUGGGCUUUUCUCAUCCAUCUCCUCUGUGGUGAUGUUCUUAUCUAUCUUGACUUCGCGUUAUUCAGUAACUGAUUUUCUCUUCACCUUACCCAAUAGGUUAAUCAUUGGUCUUAUAACCCUCUUUAUCUCCUUAAUAUCCAUGAUGGUAGCUUUCGGUGCCACACUCUAUCUUAUGUUUGCACAUAAGAUUACAUGGAUCAUUUUUCCACUUACUGCAUUUUCCUGUAUACCUGUAGCAUUGUUUGCCUACUCCCAAUUUCCUCUCCUUUUGGAUAUGAUCAUAUCCACUUAUGGCCCCGGCAUUUUCGGUCAACGGAGUGAUCGUAUCCUUUUCUGGAUAUGUAAAUCGAGAAAGGAAAAACUUUAAUCUUGUAUCAUUUUCUAUCUGUAUCAAUUAAGUCAUUGAAUGAAUGAACUAAAAUUUCGUUUCCAUAAAGCCUGUUUUGGCACUCAUAAACGUUACAGAGAACAAAGUUAAUGUUAU